UUUUUGUUUCGUAAAUUAGAUUGGUUGCUUAUUACUUUCUAGUGCCUCCUUGCUUAGAUUCAACUAAAAAGAGGAGUCUGGUAGUCGAUUUACUGGUGUAAUGGUCUUCCAUGUCAGCAAGUGGCGCUAAUGUAUUUUAGGCGUCAAGUUUAACCGGAACUGCAACCGGAGAUUACGUUUGAUUGUUUAUAUUUUCCCACAAUUUUACGUUUUAGCUUGCUUGCCACCUAGCUAUCCAAAUGUAUAUGUAAAAUGUGUAUUGUCUGAAUAUGGUUGGAAAGAUAUGAAUAAAGGGAAGUGUCUAAUAUGAUGUAACGUUAACGUUGUUCCGCGACAAACUUCGGAUAAAUAUUUUUUUUAAGCGCUGACCACUGGCACGGACACGCGGGAAGAACGCGCGGAAACAGGACAUGACAUGACAGGAGGAUUGUUUGCUACAAGAGACAUCUACCAGUUAGCUAGCAAGUAGCACGCAAACAUUUUAUUUCCAGUCAACAUACUUGGAUUAGUUGGUUGAAACAAUCCUAUCCCUCAAUAAUGGAGGAAUACAAGGAGAAUAUUCAAGACAAGGGGGACAAUGUGAAAUUGUCUUCUAAACCCGAGGAAGAUGACAAGUCUUGCAACAAGGUGUGUAGUAACAUUGGUGAACCUGUCCCUCAAGUAUCUUCUACUAGUGGCGAGUUUAGUGAUCCUGUUUACAAAGAGAUUGCUCUUGCAAAUGGACAGAUCAACCGCAUGAACAAGGAUGAGCUUCGGUCUAAACUGGCAGAGUGUAAGCUUGACACAAGAGGUGUGAAGGAUGUGAUGAAGAAGCGGUUGAAGAACUACUACAAGAAGCAGAAGCUGUCUUUGAUGCAGUCUGUGACAGAGGGUGGACCAACUGAUGCCUACUACGACUUCAUCUGUGUGGUGGACUUUGAGGCAACGUGUGAACAGGACAACCCCCUUGACUUCACGCAUGAAAUCAUUGAGUUCCCAAUGGUCCUGUUCAACACCCACACUUUAGACAUUGAGGACAGCUUUCAGGAAUAUGUCAGGCCAGAAGUCAACACACAGCUAUCAGAGUUCUGCAUAAAGUUGACAGGGAUAACACAGAAAAUGGUGGAUGAAGCAGACACAUUCCCCAAUGUUCUUAAGCGGGUGGUGCUUUGGCUUCAGGAGAAAGAGCUUGGCACAAAAUACAAAUAUGCCAUUCUUACAGAUGGAUCUUGGGACAUGAGCAAGUUCAUGAACACCCAGUGCCGUUUAAGUCGGCUCAGAUAUCCACAGUUUGCAAAAAAGUGGAUCAACAUCAAGAAAUUCUACGGAAACUUCUAUAAGGUCCCUCGUACCCAGACCAAGCUGAGCAGCAUGCUAGAGAAGCUGGGACUUCAAUACGAGGGCCGCCCUCACUCUGGCCUGGAUGACUCGCGCAACAUUGCUCGCAUUGCGCUGCGCAUGCUGCAGGACGGCUGCCAACUGCGCAUCAACGAGCGCAUGCACGAAGGACAGCUGCGGACUGUGCCCAGCUCUGCCCCCGUGGAAGGAGCCCCACCCCCACAUACUCCUCGCAGCAGAGACUAGCCCCCCACCUCGACUUCAGCUCCACAUCCCCUGGCUCUGACUUCCACAUUGGGGCCUUCAAGCAGGCAUCCCGUGUCUGUUUUACUCCCAUGACUUGAAAAUAAUACAUAGCAUUUUUCCCACUCAAUCUGAGUCUACUUUUUGUCCCAAAUUGUGGGACUCUGUGGAUAGUUUUUUAAUGUUAUUAGUAGUGCAACUUACCACAAUAAAAAUGUUUCUGCCUUUUGACUACUUCUGUAGAUUUCCACAGUAGCACUCAGACAUUGUUUGUUACGAGUUUCUUUAAAGAAUAAUUGUUAUUUCGCUGGGCUUUUGUAUUUCAUAUUGUCUGAAAACAAAACAACCUUGCUGACCCUCAAAUGUACUGUGUCUGUUAGAGGCCUGACUUCAGAUUUUUAUUUUACAGAGCAUGGCCUUUGUACUUAUUUAACUUGGGUCCACUCUAAAACAGGUUCAAGAAAAUUGAGGAUAUGUUUGGUGUAAGCAAUGCACAAACUCGUGGGCUAAGAAUGUAUGAGCUAUUGUCUUAAACUAUUUCUCGUUUAAUACUAAUAAAUAUUUCCUUAGUUUUA